AUGAAGACGACGAUUGCCGUAAUUAUAACAGACGGAGUGCAGACUAGUGGCUCUUAUGAUGUUAUUUCCGCAUCUCAGCCUUUAAAGGACCGUGGAGUGGAGAUUUAUGCUUGUGGUAUUGGAAGUGAUGUUGACCUUUUUGAACUAUACCAAACUGCUUCAAAUCCCAGCAACGUCUUUUCCACGAACACUUUUUAUUCUAUGGAAAGCGACUUUCCACGAAUGAUACGUGAAAUACUAUGCCAAUCAGAUUGCGAUUUUGAGGCAAAUUCGUACUGUAGAUGGUCAAGCGGUAGUGAAGGCGAUAWACCAUUCGAGCUGACCAAUGGUUUACUAGAGGUGAAAGGUUACUCGGGUUCUGGUUACUACGCAUUUGUUAAUUCAAGCAAAAAAGUAAUUUACGAUGAGAAGGCAAUACUGACUAGCCCUAAGUUGGAAUYMCCCCCGAAAUCGAUGAUGUUCCGUUAUUUAAUGCAUGGCAAAGAUGUAGAGACUCUUGCUGUCGUUAAAAUCAUCCAAWAUUCUGRACAAAGUGAAAAGRAWACUCUCUGGGUGAGACAUGGCGAUCAAGGAGACCAUUGGAGAACGGCUUGCUUAWCUCUGGACUGGGAUACUAAUUAUUGGGAUAGGUCUUAUAAAGUAAGUAUGAGUUUAAUGCACUUUUCAUCAGUUAUAACCGUUCCUCAGGUGUAUCAUUUAAAUCAUCCUUUACCAGUUCUUUCCGAAAGUAAAAAAGGCAACAUAUCACUUGGCAAUCAUUAA